CGCCCUUUGCAUGAACCCCAAUAGGCGAAUUCGUUAUGGCCUCUUCCGCUUUAUUAAAUCCCGUGACAUCGCUUCUUUUUCGUUCUUCCUCUUCACCCACCACUUCUUUCCCUCGUCCUCCUCCUUUCCCCUCGGCCGCCUCCGGGCCACCACGGCCCUUCCCCGCCGCCCGCCGCUGGAUCCCCGCCUGCCGCGCCGGAGCCUCCAGGCGCAGCCCCGCCCGCACCCGCCGCAGAGGCCGACGCGGCGGGGCGGAGAGGGACGGCAUGGCAUCCUCCUCCACCUCCUCGCUGCCGCUCAGGCGGAAGGACAGCAGCGGGGAGGCCUACGAUGAGGAGGCCGCUCUCGGGUCUCUGGAUUCCGACGGCCACGAGAUCGAGAUGUCCUACUCCGAUUACAGAACCGGUGGUUCAACAUCAAGGAAUUAUCAGAGUUCUUCUAAAGGAGAUGCAUCAAGUAGAGAUUUUGAGGGUGAGACAUACCCAUCCAAUACAAAUGUUCCACAGAUGAGGAAGUCUAAGAUUGGCACUUUAAAGUGUUUUGGAGUGGAGAUGUCCCCCGGCAACUUUGCAGUUGCUAUUGUAUAUUUUGUGCAAGGAGUUUUGGGACUGUCAAGGCUUGCUGUAAACUUUUAUCUGAAAGAUGAUCUCCAUCUUGAUCCAGCUGAGACAGCAAUUAUAUCUGGUGUCUCUUCCUUGCCAUGGUUGAUCAAGCCUCUUUAUGGUUUUAUCAGUGACUCCAUCCCACUUUUUGGCUAUCGAAGAAGGUCAUAUCUUAUUUUGUCUGGGCUUCUUGGAGCAUUUUCGUGGUGCUUGAUGGCCUCUUUUGUUGACAGCAAAUAUGGUGUAGCACUCUGUAUUCUUCUCGGAUCUCUUUCGGUUGCCUUUUCAGAUGUUGUUGUAGAUUCUAUGGUUGUUGAAAGGGCACGUGGUGAAUCACAGAGCACAUCAGGAUCUCUUCAAUCUUUAUGUUGGGGAUCUUCAGCCGUUGGGGGGAUUGUGAGUGCUUACUUUAGUGGUUCUUUAGUUGAUGCCUACGGUGUAAGAUUUGUUUUUGGUGUUACGGCCUUUCUUCCUCUGAUGACAUCAGCAGUUGCUGUUCUUGUAAAGGAACAGCGCGUGCCUUCUUCCUGGGGACAUAAUCCUUUAAUUUCUGGUUCAAACUUCAUUGAAAAUUCUAAGCAAAAUAUUAUGCAGUUGUUGGCUGCUGUCAGGCAGCGAGAUAUCCUUCUGCCUACCUUAUUCAUAUUCCUGUGGCAAGCAACACCACAGUCCGACUCCGCCAUGUUCUUCUUUACCACAAACAAACUUGGAUUCAGUCCAGAAUUUCUAGGGCGCGUCAAACUUGUGACUAGUGUGGCAUCUUUAGUGGGUGUUGCCCUAUAUAAUGCAUUUCUAAAGAAUGUUCCCUUGAGAAAAAUUUUUCUCCUGACGACUAUCAUAGGUUCAACCCUUGGGAUGACCCAGGUAUUUCUUGUCACUGGACUAAAUCGAGAGUUCGGCAUAAGCGAUGAAUGGUUUUCUAUUGGGGACUCACUGAUUAUAACAGUCCUCAGUCAGGCUUCGUUCAUGCCUGUUUUGGUAUUAGCUGCAAAAUUAUGUCCAUCUGGCAUGGAAGCCACUUUGUUUGCUACCCUGAUGUCGAUUUCAAAUGGAGGCAGCGUUGCUGGUGGCCUUUUGGGUGCUGGCCUCACUCAACUUCUUGGGGUCACCAAAGACAGCUUUGGCAACCUAGCACUCUUGAUCGUUAUAUGCAAUCUCAGCUCCUUGCUGCCUCUGCCUCUCCUUGGCCUACUUCCAGAGGAAAAUCCAGAUGCCAAGAAUGCAGAUAUUGGACAGACAAAAAUGAACUGAAGCUGUUUUUGUUGCCUAUGUUUUAAAUCAUUCAAGUUUGGUAUGAAUGCCUGCCAUUUCAAUUACCACGCUGUGGUUAAAUUUCUUGGAGCUGAUCAUCGAUUUGAAAGAUCACACCUCAUUUUAGUUUUUGGUUUAGACCAAUGGCAGUUCAAUCGGUGGCUACAUCGGUGAUCAGGUUCAUGCAGCUGCUAACUCAUGUAUCAUAAUGAUGCUUGCUGGAUAGUUUCAGAAAGGCUGCGGCAAAAUAGGCAGAGUCUGAUUAAGCGAUUUAUGUGUAGAAAAUAAAAAUUGACCUCAUUUUGUAGCAGUUUGACUUUACUUGGACAAAAAGAAAUGACAAAUUUGCAUUUUUGGAGGCCUUCGUAA